AUGGCCGAUUGGUCUAAGGUGCUGGUUUUAGGCACCCAGUCUUCGGGCGUGGGUUCGAAUCCCACUCGUGUCAACCUUUAUCCCGUUGCUCACUUUACUCUCUACCUGCGCGAUUUUCCAACCAAAUCGAGACGCAAAGCACCGGACUAG